GAUAUGAUGAAACUUCCCGCACGCCUUACAGAAGCCCGGCGACUCUAAGGUGGGAAGCGGCCUCCAACCGGUCUUGUCACUGCGCUGCCUCCGCUCCACCUUCUCUGGCCCUGGCCGCUAGUGCUCAGAGUGCCCGAAGUCCUCCUGUAGCAUGUGUGGCAUUUGGGCCCUCUUCGGCAGCGAUGACUGCCUGUCUGUGCAGUGUCUGAGUGCGAUGAAGAUCGCGCACAGGGGGCCAGAUGCCUUUCGCUUUGAGAACGUCAAUGGAUACACCAACUGCUGCUUUGGCUUUCACCGCUUGGCUGUGGUUGACCCGCUGUUUGGAAUGCAGCCGAUAAGAGUGAGGAAAUACCCUUAUUUGUGGCUCUGUUACAAUGGUGAAAUCUACAACCACAAGGCGCUACAGCAACGUUUUGAAUUUGAAUAUCAGACCAAUGUGGAUGGUGAGAUAAUCCUCCAUCUCUAUGACAAAGGAGGUAUCGAAAAAACCAUCUGUAUGUUGGAUGGGGUGUUUGCAUUUAUCUUACUGGACACUGCCAAUAAGAAAGUAUUUCUGGGCAGAGAUACCUAUGGAGUCAGACCUUUGUUCAAAGCCAUGACAGAAGAUGGAUUUCUGGCUGUAUGUUCAGAAGCUAAAGGCCUUGUUUCCUUAAAACAUUCCACCACUCCCUUCUUAAAAGUGGAGCCCUUCCUUCCUGGACACUAUGAAGUUUUGGAUUUAAAACCAAAUGGCAAAGUUGCGUCUGUGGAAAUGGUCAAAUACCAUCACUGUACAGAUGAGCCAUUGCACGCCAUCUAUGACAGCGUGGAGAAACUGUUCCCAGGCUUUGAGAUAGAGACCGUGAAGAACAAUCUGCGUAUCCUUUUUGACAGCGCGAUCAAGAAACGCUUGAUGACAGACCGGAGGAUUGGCUGCCUUUUAUCAGGGGGCCUCGACUCCAGCCUGGUUGCUGCCUCCCUGCUGAAGCAACUCAAGGAGGCCCAAGUUCAGUAUCCUCUGCAGACAUUUGCUAUUGGCAUGGAAGAUAGCCCCGAUUUACUGGCUGCUAGAAAGGUGGCAAAUUAUAUUGGAAGCGAGCAUCAUGAAGUCCUUUUUAACUCUGAAGAAGGCAUUCAGGCCCUGGAUGAAGUCAUAUUUUCCUUGGAAACUUAUGAUAUUACGACAGUUCGAGCAUCUGUGGGUAUGUAUUUGAUUUCCAAGUAUAUUCGGAAGAACACAGACAGCGUGGUGAUCUUCUCUGGAGAGGGGUCAGAUGAACUUACACAGGGCUAUAUAUAUUUCCACAAGGCUCCUUCUCCUGAGAAGGCCGAGGAGGAGAGUGAGAGACUGCUGAAGGAGCUCUACCUGUUUGACGUUCUCCGGGCCGACCGCACUACUGCUGCACACGGUCUCGAACUGAGAGUCCCCUUUCUGGAUCAUCGGUUUUCUUCCUAUUACCUGUCUCUGCCACCAGAUAUGAGAAUUCCAAAAAAUGGCAUAGAAAAACAUCUCCUGAGAGAAACUUUUGAGGACUCCAACCUGCUACCCAAAGAGAUCCUCUGGAGACCCAAAGAAGCCUUCAGCGACGGGAUCACCUCAGUCAAGAACUCCUGGUUCAAGAUUUUACAAGACUAUGUUGAACAUCAGGUUGAUGAUGAGAUGAUGUCUGCAGCCUCCCAGAAGUUUCCCUUCAAUACUCCCAAAACUAAAGAAGGUUAUUAUUACCGUCAGAUCUUUGAACGCCAUUACCCAGGCCGGGCUGAUUGGCUGACUCAUUAUUGGAUGCCUAAGUGGAUCAAUGCCACCGACCCUUCUGCCCGCACUCUGACCCAUUACAAGUCAGCUGCCAAAGCUUAGGCGCUUUCUACACUCUUGUGUAAAAGUAAAUGUUUCUUCCGGCUCUGAAGGUCGAGACAUUGAAACAAUCAGAAAGAAUGAAACUCAGCCAUCAGUCACUCAGGCUUACUUAGGCAUGAAAAGAAAUAAAAGUAUCACAUCU